AGGACCUACAAGAUGACAAUAUUCAUUAGCAUAUCUCGAUGAUGCUAUAAUAUAUUCGCCAACAUUUGACCAACAUCUAAUUCACCUCGAUAAUAUUCUUAAUCGAUUAAAUGAUGCAAAUUUUCGUCUUAAUAUUAAUAAAUGUCAAAUAGAAAAAACAUCGAUUGAUUAUCUUGGUCACCACAUUGAACACAGCAAUAUUAGACUAAAUACAGACAACAUUCGUGCAUUACUAGAAACUCAACAGCCGACAACAGGAAAAGAGGCUUUUCGAUUCGUCAAAGCAGCCGAAUAUUAUUGCAAACUUAUACCAGGAUUUUCUACUAUUGCACAAUCAUUAUAUAAAUAUUCACCUAAUACAAAAGAACAGCGAUCUCAAAAAUCACAAGCUGCAUCUAUUACGUUAUCGAAUGAUAAGCUUCAUGUAUUUAAUGAAUGA